GCCUUGCGCGCUUAGCUGUAUUUCUUGUCGACGUGGGAAGGGAGGGAUUCUGACACAAACAAAUGUCUCUGGUUCCUCUGUUUGGGGCUUCUUACGGGAGACUGUGACAUGUCAGGUGGAUUUACAUGAGAACUCCGUCACGUUGGAAACAUGUGGCUCAAACCUGAAGAAAUUCUGCUGAAGAACGCCUUCAAACUGUGGGUCACCGAGAAGGAUAACGAGUAUUUCGUACUGCAAAGACGACGGGGGUACGGAGAAGGAGGCGGCGGGCUGACAGGCCUGCUUGUGGGAACUCUGGACACUGUGUUGGACUCGACAUCCAAAGUUGCUCCUUAUCGCAUACUGCACCACACACCGGACUCACAGGUCUACUGGUCCAUAGCAUGUGGGGUCACCAAAGAAGAAAUCGAUCAGCACUGGGAUUGGCUGCAGCAGAACAUCAUGAGGACACUCUCUGUGUUUGACUCCACUGAAGACAUCACCAGCUUCGUACAGGGGAAGAUUAGAGGCCUUAUUGCUGAAGAAGGGAAGACCUCUCUUGUGCUGGAGGACGAUCCAGAGAAAUUCAGAGAAGCACUUUUGAGGUUUGAGAAGUGGUUCGAGCUGCCCGCCCAGGAAAAGCUGGUCACAUAUUACUCAUGCAGCUACUGGAGAGGCAAAGUCCCCUGCCAGGGCUGGCUCUACCUCAGCACAAAUUUUCUGUGCUUUUACUCGUACCUUCUGGGAUCCGAGGUGAAACUGAUCGUCUCCUGGGACGAGAUCUGGAGGCUGGAGAAAACGUCGAAUGUUAUCCUGACUGAGAGCAUCCAUGUUUUGGCUCAUGGGGAGGAUCAUUAUUUCUCCAUGCUGCUGCAUCUGAAUGAGACGUUUGUCAUCAUGGAACAGCUCGCUAACUACUCCAUCAAGCGUCUGUUUGACAAAGAGGCUUUCCAGGGAGAGCCAGCUCUCUCCGACCCACUUCAGAUUACCAAGAGAGGCCUUGAAGCUCAUGCAAAAAGUGAUCAAUUCCGGGCAUUUUUCAGGCUUCCCAAAGAGGAAAACUUAUUAGAAGUGCACGAGAGCUUCCUGUGGGUGCCGUUCAGUCAUUUUAAUACGCUUGGCAAAAUCUGCCUGUCCGAGAACUACCUUUGUUUUGCCAGUCAGGACGGAAGCCAGUGUCACAUCGUCAUUCCAAUGCGAGAGGUCAUUAAUGUCGAGAAGCCCGAUUCCGGCAGCAGGGCUUUGACGGUAUGCGUGCGCGGCAAGAGAGCGUUGCGUUUCUCCGAGGUGCGGGACUACCAGCGGCUUGCUAACACAAUCCGCAGCAGAUGUGGGAUCAGUGCCAGCCCACAGCACUCGGCUUCAUCAGAGGCCAUACGAGGCGAGUGUCAGUCCCUCAUAAAUCACUUUGAGGACAAUCCGGAGGACGUGACUCUGAUGGUGGGACAGAAAGACACCAGCAAGGCUGUGAGCACCGAGGCCCUCAUGACGGUUUUCCACCCUCAAGACGUUGAAAACCUCGAUCCCAAAAUGCUGAAAGAGAAGAUGAAGGAGCAGUCUUGGAACAUCCAUUUCUCUGAAUACGGACGUGGGACCAGUAUGUUUUUCACCAAGAAGACGCGAGACUUGAUUGUCCGAGGCGUUCCCGAGUCUCUGAGGGGAGAGCUGUGGAUGCUGUUUUCAGGAGCUGUAAACGACAUGGCCACUCACCCCGGCUACUACACUGAGCUGGUGGAGCAGUCUCUGGGCACCAGCACUUUGGCCACAGACGAGAUCGAAAGAGACCUGCACCGCUCUCUCCCAGAACACCCGGCGUUUCAGAGCGACACAGGAAUCUCGGCUCUGCGCAGAGUCCUCACUGCGUACGCCUACAGAAACCCAAAAAUCGGAUACUGCCAGGCCAUGAACAUUCUCACCUCCGUCCUGCUGCUGUACGCCAAGGAAGAGGAGGCGUUCUGGCUGCUGGUGGCCGUCUGUGAGAGGAUGCUGCCGGACUAUUUCAACCGACGGAUCAUCGGCGCUCUGGUGGACCAGGCGGUGUUCGAGGACCUGAUCAGAGAAAACCUCCCGCAGCUGGUGGAGCACAUGACGGAUCUGAGCUUCUUCUCGUCCGUGUCCCUGUCGUGGUUCCUCACGCUGUUCAUCAGCGUCCUGCCCAUCGAGAGCGCCGUCAACGUGGUCGACUGUUUCUUCUACGACGGCAUAAAAGCCAUCCUGCAGCUCGGCCUCGCCGUGCUGGAUUACAACAUGGAGGCCCUCAUCGCCUGCAACGACGACGCAGAAGCGGUCACCAUCCUCAACAGGUUCUUCGAUAGCGUGACUAACAAAGACAGUCCUUUGCCCCCAACGGUGCAGCAGGCUUCAGUGGGCAACAACGACAAAGCAUCUCACGUCAGUGUGGAUAUCAGCGAGCUGAUCCGCGAAGCCUAUGAGAAAUACGGACAUUUCCGAUCAGAGGAAGUUGAGAGUUCACGGAAGAAAAACAAGCUGUAUGUGAUCCAGACGCUGGAGGACACAACCAAGCAAAACGUGAUCCGAGUUGUGUCCCAAGAUGUCCGAUUUACAGCCUCGCAGCUUGACGAGCUUUACAACUUGUUCAAAAGGCAGCAUUUCCUCAGCUGCUACUGGACGAUGAAGAGUCCAGCUCUGCUCCACCAUGACCCCAGCCUGGCGUAUCUGGAGCAGUACCAGCUGGGAUUCCAGCAGUUCAGUGAGCUCUUCUCGCUGCUGGAGCCCUGGGCCUUCUGCGCCUCCAAGAGCACGCUCUCCCUCUGGGUCUUCCGCCUCAUCGACGAGAACCAGGACGGCCUCGUCAACUUUAAGGAGUUCUGCUACGCCCUCGAUACCUUAUACGGAGCGUCUUUCACAAAUAAGCUGAAGUUUCUCUUCAAGCUCCACCUGCCGCCAGCUUUCACAGGUAGUCCUUUGCACAUAAAGGAACAAAGAGUCCAGCAAUUUCUUCCAACAAUUGAAGACUCCUCUCACUUGACCAGACUCGCUGCCUUUGAUCUUCCCGAAGAUGGUGUCAUAAGAAAAAGUCCUGAAAGAGGCAGGGGAAAGGUUGACCUUCAGGCCUAUCUGAAACAAUGGCAAAAUGAAAUACUUAAAAAGGAGGAAACAAUCAAGGAUCUACCAAGAAUUAAUCAGGCUCAGUUCAUCCAGUUCUCCAAAACCCUCUAUAACAUCUUCCACGGCGACCCGGAGGAGGAGUCCUUGUACCGGGCCGUAGCCCACGUGACCAGCCUCCUCCUGAGGAUGGAGGAGGUUGGCCGGAGGCUGCAGGAGCCAAGCAGCCCGCCCGCCGAGGCCACGCAGCCUGCCAGCACCGCCGCUUCGACCCAAGAGGCCUCCUUUAAGGAGACCUCGGACGCCUCCAGCUCUCACAGCAGCCAGGAGGGGGCGGCGGAGCGGCCGGAUCCGGAUUGGUCGUUUUCCUUUGAGCAGGUGCUGGCCUCGCUGCUCAACGAGCCGACCAUCGUCGGCUUCUUUGAGCGGCACGUUCACAUUCAGACGAAACUGGGACAAGCCAGGGUUGCGCAGCUCAAACUGAAGGCCAAUAAGUAAAAAAAAAAAAAAAAAAAAAAAGGAGGCAUAAGGGAAUCGUUACUGUGUUUCUGACUCACGCUACAGGUUUCAUUUCCUUUCUCCGGCCAGAUUGGAACGUGGACUUUGACGCUAAUGUGGGUUUAAAAUUCUGCGUACGUUUCGCUGAUUAUCCAAAACGACGGGAUCCGAAAGACACUACAGGAGCUUCACUGACCAACACACCCGGUGUGUUAUUAAUUUUAUCCCGAUCUCAUUAUGCAUUUCACCCCUAUUCUCUCACGUAGCUGCACUUUCACAAGUCAGAUUUAAGAAACUGAGUCAAACGUGACAAAUACCUGACAAGUCUGUAGAGUCAAUAAACUAGGAAUCUGUUUCUGAAUGUUUAAAUGUAUAUCGGAUUAGUAUGCACUACUUAGAAUGAAACAACAGUGUCUGAUAGUUUGUCCUUUGACUUGUUAGUUUUGCUCAGAACUUCAGCUUAAUGUAAGAAACACCAGCUUAGUUAAUAGAGGAGUAGAGCAGCAGUGGGUAGAGGACACGUUGUGCUGCUGUUCCUGGAAGCCAUAAACUGAUCAGUUUAUCUGACUGGAAAUAACACAUUUUGAGAGCAAAAAUAAAUAAACUUCAGUGAAAAACAUUUGCAAUAACCAGGGCUGGAUUUAGGAUUAUGGGGCAAGAUUUUCUUUCCACAUGCAGAUUACAAUAAAUAGCUAGAUAUACAUCAACUCCAGUUUUUAUUGUAUUUUAUUUUAUUAUCUUUGUAUCUGUCUUCUAUAAAAAGUUCCUCAUAAGUAUAUUAAAAAAUGUCUUUAUCCACACAAAAAAAUGUGCUGAAAUAUUAAGAUGCCUGUAUGUGGAGAUUGAACUACACCAAAAAAAAAAAAAGAAAACAAGAACAUAUUCAUUUUAGACACAUUUGGAGAUUUAACAAUAAAAUUAUCUGUAAGUUCAAAAACUAAAAACUCCCAUUUAGAUUCAUUAAACACGAAACAAUCAAGCAGAAUUUCUGUUCAUUUAGAUGAGUGUUGUACACGGCUAAUAAAAACCCCAAACUUUGCUUCUACUUUGGAAAAAAUGUAAUGAAAGAAAUUUUGGCACAAAUUUCUUGGUGUGGUCAUCAAUUUAUUGAUGUGGUCAUGUUGUGAUAUAUAGAGCCAACCAAAGAAGCUGCCUGUUCAGAGUACUACAUCUACACAUAAUAGUGGAAAGUUGAGUGGAAGGAAGAUGCAAGGAUUGUAGAGCUAAGUCCAUUAGACAGUUUGGGGGAAAUUUAAAAGCUGUGUGCUAGAAAAGCCAACACAAACAGACGGAUUAAAAUGAGUUGAACUGUUGGAUUAUUUAAUCCACUCUUCAACCAGAAACAUCAGAAUGGUGUUCCGAUUCUGUAAUUCAUGCAAAAGAAGCUCCAUCUUGUAAACCAAAGUAUUGUCUAAAACUGAUUAUUUUAUUUUUUUUCUGAGAAACAGGAUUUAGGAUUUUGUAUUAGCUGUGAGCCAUAAUUCACAAUAGAUGAGAAUAAAAUCAUUUGGAUAAACUUUACAGAAACACCCCCCGACUUUUUAGUGAUAUUGAAAGAUUUCCAUUUAUUAUAUGCACAAUAUCAAAUCAGAUUUAGACAGCAAAGCCAUGGGGCCCCCAGACUACUGCCCUGGUAAAGCCCUCACUAAACACCGGCCCUGGCAAUAACAUGCUGCAGAGGGCGCUGUUGUGCCACACAACACAGUUAGUUGUUUUGCUUCUACAGCAGCAAUCAAGGUGAACGUAUUGUACACUGAAUGACGUAACUCAGGCUCGUGCUCGACAGGCUUCGCUAGAUCAACACAUUUUUCAUUAGUAGGUCAAAAACUUGCCUGAAAACCAGGAGAUGUCCAGAUUAACCUGCUGUGCGCUGUCUGCAGACCUCGCUGGACGACUCUCUCGCAGGGGUGUCAAACUCCAGUCCUGGAGGGCUGCAGUCCUGCAACUUUUAGAUGUGCCUCUGCUGCAUCACCUGAAUAGAAUAAUUAGGUCAUUAAGGUUCUGGAGAACUGGUCUACACAAGGAGGAGGGAAUUAAGCCGUUUCAUUCCAGUGUUUUGUACCGGUAGCACUUCUAAAAACUGCAGGACACUGCAGGCCCUCGAGGACUGGAAGGCUGACAGCUGUGACUCAUUGUUACUUUCUCUCCGUCCGUGUUGGUUUCCUGUAACCGUCGACCCAAUGAGCUCCAGGACUGUUGAACCUUUUGAAGGAUAUUUUUUUUUUUGCUUCAUCGAAUCUCAGGGUGACAUUUGCGUAGACACAUAAGGGGUUAAAAAGGGAUAUUUUUCAACCUGAUGCAUAAAGCAGUAUAUCAACAGAAUUAUAUAUUAACCUGUGUCGUCUGCAGCAUUUACAUAUAGAGCAUGUUGUAGCAUAGUUACAGGAUUUGCAAGGCCUCUGCUUUCGCUGCUUGCUACAUGAAGCCAGAGUUUUCAGUGUUUCUGACUAUUUUUUUUUGUCUGUGUGUGUGUGUGUGUCCUGUUUUUCGUCUUCAUAUUGCUUCUGUCUCAGUGGACAAUUUGCACAGUUGUUAAAGAUUUACAAGCUGUAGUUGUGUUCGUAUCUCGGUGGCAGGGGUCAGCUGCGGCUUGUCGUCUCUUGGGGCCAAAUCAACGGAUUUAUAUGUCGCUUUAGAGUCUCUGCUUUUCUCCGGAGUAACUAGUUUUUUUUUUGUCUGUUUUUAUGUGCCUCUUAAAUGAAGCUGAAAUGUUGCGCUGGCUGUUUUUAAUCAUUUGCUGAAUAAUUAUUUUGUCGUCGUUGACUAACCAGGACUGAAAGACCCACCCUUUUUGUGUUGUAUUAAUUUUACUUUUACUGUUGGAAGUUUACAAACUCAUCUUAAACUCACCAUUACUCUCUGGAGUAAAAAAAAAGUAAUAAAUAUGCCACCGUUUCUAUGUGAAAUGUGUAAGAAAAUAGCAAAAUACAUUAUUGAUGUAUUGAUAUGUUAUCCUUUCCUAAUUUUAAAGUCUAAUAAUAAAUGAUGGACAUGUGAACAAGUCCUGAGUAUCAGCAGGAGAGUUUAGUAUCUAUUUAUUACGACAGAUGGGGAGGAAAAGGAAAAGCUAAAUUUGAGCAUGAUUUUACAUUUAGUUACUGUUUGCCUGCCGUCAUGUUUUCUUUUUAACGUCUUUGAAUGUCACAAUUAUUAUGAAAUGCAAACGGCAACUAAUUCUGGAGCAGGAUGUGCAUGAAUUGAGCUUGAGCAUGCGUUGGUCCGUUGCUUUCUCUUUAUUCUUAAAUCACAAGUACUUUGAUUUCAAGAAUCUAUUUGUUUGUCUUUGCAAAUCUAAAGUAUUCACAUUUAAGCGUUCCUUUAUGCAAAAAUAUUUUUCAAACACCCAUAAAAGUGUCUAUCCUCUUUGCAGAGGAGGGGAAAGUCGAUGCGUGGCUCUGAAAACCUCUCAAGUUCUUAUUUUGCGAGACGUGACGCUUGGAUGUUUGUUUGAUUUAUAUGGAUUAGUUUGGUUGGUGCCUAAAUGUAUGAGAAUAAAGAGCAGUGAUUUAAUGA